AUGCUGAGGAGAUUACCGUUGGUUUCGAGACCUAUCAGUCGUGUGGCAGUUCUGUCAAGAGCACCAUUGCUCAUCCGUUUUCAAAGCACCAACAACAGAGCUCCGGCCGUGUCUGAAGAGGAGAUUGUGACAUCUAAAAUCGAGUUAAAGGUACAACCAUUGCCACGACCUGGUGAGGAGACUGAGACUAAGCGUGCUCGAUUAUUAUAUCAAAGUCGUAAGAGAGGUAUUUUGGAAACAGAUUUGAUUCUCAGCAAGUUCGCUAAAGUGUACCUCGGCACUAUGUCUCGUGAGGAGAUGGACGAGUAUGACGAGCUCCUGGAUGAGCAGGACUGGGAUAUUUACUAUUGGGCUACCAGAAAUAACGAUGUCAAGCCAUGCCCUGAGAGAUGGGAGAAAAGCCCCCUCAUGGCCAAACUGCGUGAUUUGGCUGAAAACCGCGAGAAAGAGGUGCUCCGCAUGCCAGACCUCUAA